GUUUGAUAGGUUUUCAUGUGACUAACAAUUUAUGUUUUGAUCUUAGGAUCUUAUGACCACACACUAAAACUGUUUGAUGCCAGAGUGGAUAAGAGUGUGAUGACCAUGGACCACGGCCAACCAGUGGAGAGUCUGCUUCUCUAUCCUUCUGAGGGACUCCUCGUCUCUGCAGGUGGCCGCUAUGUGAAAGUAUGGGAUCUGCUGAAGGGAGGCCAGCCUCUGGUGUCCUUGAAGAACCAUCACAAAACUGUCACGUCUUUGUGUCUCAGCAGCAGCGGCCAGCGACUGCUGUCAGCUUCUCUGGACAGGCAUGUAAAGGUGUACAACACAACCAACUACAAAGUGGUCCACAACUUUGACUACGCUGCCUCCAUCCUCAGUCUGGCUCUGGCUCCGGAUGAUGAGUCAAUUGUUGUGGGUAUGACCAAUAGUAUCCUGAGUGUCAAACACAGGAAAAGCCUUGAAGAUUUGAAGGAAACCUCUGGCCAACAGAGGCGGCGGCCGUCGUAUCGCGUUUUUGUGAAGGGGAAGAACCCUGUCCCUAAACAGGAUGAUUAUCUCGUCAGCAAGUCAGUUAAACAGCAUCUGGCCAAAUAUGACAAGCAGCUCAAGAAAUUUAAUGUCACAAAGGCUUUGGAUACAGCUCUCGAGGUAUGCAUUUAUAAAAAGGCCAAAUAGUAUGUUUUAUUAUACUGAUUAGCAAUAGUUGGUGGUGAGGGCUAGUUAUGAUAU